GAGAGGGGGACACACCGGGCAGCAACCGAGCUCCGCCGGGCUGCGGCGUCACUGCGGGCCUGCGCCGGCUCCGCACCGGCACCGGGAGACACCGGCAGAGGGAGCAGCCCCGCGGCACCAGCACCGGACGGGCACGGGAGCGGCCCCGGUCCCGGUGCCGCCGCGCAGCCGCCGCCCCUGUCCCGGGCAGCGCUGAGCGGGGACACCGGGCCCGGCCCAGGGAUGGGGCCCGGCGGCCCUGGGAGCGGCUGGCCCCUGGCUGGGACCCUGCUGGUGGCCGUGGCCGCCUCGAUGGUGGCCGGGGGUGAAGACUGCCUGUGGUACGUGGACAGAAACGGGUCAUGGCACCCCGGCUUCGACUGCGAGUUCUUCACCUUCUGCUGCGGCACGUGCCACCAGCGGUACUGCUGCCGAGACCCUCUGCGCCUGCUCACCGAGCGCCAGCAGCGCCACUGUCUCGCCUUCAGCCCCAAGACCAUCGCGGGCAUCGCCUCAGCCGUGGUGCUUUUCAUCGCCAUCGUCACCACCAUCGUCUGCUGCUUCAUGUGCUCCUGCUGCUACUUGUACCAGCGCCGGCAGCACUCCCGCACCCCCCUACAAGGCCCGGAAAUCCCCCUCUCCAGCUACCCCCCCGCAGCUCCCCCAGCUCCCUUCCCCGUGGACCCCAAAGCCGGCCCAAUGCCUCCCCAGCCUGGCUUCACCCCCAUGGCCAUGUACCCUGCACCCGGCUCUGCCGCCCAGUACCCCAUGUACCCCUCCGGCCCCCCUGUCUACAACCCCACAGCACCACCGCCCUACGUUCCGGCACAGCCCAGCUACCCCGGAGCAUGAGCCCCCGCGGGGACCCCCGCACCCGCCGCCGGCCAGCGGGGCCAGGCUGGGGACCCCUGGGACCCCCGCUGGCGCUGGGGGACUGCCCCAGCUGGCGCUGGAUCGGGCUCUUCCCGGCCAUCCUGAGGUGAUCCGGUGCCAACAGAACAGGGCGGCCCUUGUGCCGCACACUGGCUCCUUUGUGGGUGCCUUCUCCCCCAGCUCUGGGUGCCAGCGGCCCCGAGCACCCGCCGGGGGGGCCCGGGGGGGUCCCCCGAGGGCCGUGCACGGCUGUCUCCCUGCACGCCCACCCCCGGAUUCACGCCCUGCUCUUCUUUCCCCCGGGACUGGCAUUAAACCACGUCUUCUGCCCACA